UUGGAGACGCAUUGGGAAGAAAAGUGCAAAUGGUGCUGCAGCACCUCCUGCUCUGUCAGCCCCACUUCAAAAAGGUGGAGGUCACAGGAUCCCAGCCUCCUGCAGUGAUUUGAGGAUUAACCGCACCCUGGGAAAAACAGAGACAGUGCUUAUGUGCAUCAUAAUGGCACCUGCAUGUGUGACCAGACUCGGGACUUGGCUCCUCAUGCUGUUUAUUUGCUUCACACACUUUGCCAGCAUGUUUCAUUUUGCUGCAGCGACGAUACAAGGGUAUGUUGGAGAGACUGAUAUGUCAUGCCCAUCCGUAUGCAGGUGCGAUGAGGACUUUAUCUACUGCAAUGACCGUGGCCUGAGCUCCAUCCCGUCACUGCCCCCCUCAGCAUCUGUCCUGUACCUUCAGAACAACCACAUCAACAACCCGGGCUUGCCGACCUCCUUGGAGCGCCAUCUUGCCGUCCGUGUGGUCUACCUCUAUGAUAAUGAACUGGAUGAAUUCCCCACGCACCUGCCACCAUCUGUUCGUGAACUGCAUUUGCAGGACAACAACAUCCGCACCAUUCCACGUAGCACACUGGCUCGGAUGCCCCUGCUAGAAAAACUCCACUUGGACGACAAUUCUAUUUCCACUGUCUCCAUCGAGGACCAGGCCUUUGCUGACAACCCACGGUUGCGCUUACUUUUCCUUUCACGCAACCACUUGUCUAGUAUCCCCUCAGGGCUACCUGCCUCUCUUGAAGAACUCCGUCUAGAUGAUAACCGGAUCUCGACUAUUCCGACCCACGCCUUCCGAGGCCUCGCCUCACUUCGAUGUCUUGUCCUGGAUGGAAAUCUUUUGGCCAACCAGCGCAUUGCAGAUGACACCUUCUCUCGCCUCUCUAACUUAACGGAGCUGUCCCUGGUGCGUAAUUCUCUCCUGACGCCACCCGUUAACCUACCCAGUGCUCAUCUGCAGCGACUUUCACUGCAGGACAAUGCCCUGACACAUAUGCCACGCGGCUCCCUGGAUGGUAUGCGAAGGCUGCAGAGGCUGGACCUGUCAGGAAACAAUCUGACCACACUGCCGAGAGGACUGUUCAAAGACCUGGAUAGCCUGGGUCAGCUGCUGGUGCGAGGAAAUCCCUGGAAUUGUGGCUGCAACCUUCGAUGGCUCUAUGACUGGCUGCAUGCCCGUGGUAACUCCAUCACCGUCAGGGGUCUCACCUGUCAUGGGCCUGACCGGGUGAGAGACAUGCCUUUGCUAGACUUGACCAGUGAGAUGGAGGACUGUGAGGUGGUGAGGACAGCAGGGACCAAAGACCGAGCAGGUGUAUCUGGAGUUGAAGGGUCUACUACCAACACGCCUCCGCAGGGCUCUCUCUUCACUCUGCGGUCAAAGCGACCUGGCCUUGGGUUUCCCGACUCUUUCUUAGACUACACUCUCAGCAGCAGCGGAGUGGGUAAGAGUCUUGCCCUCAAUGUGAAGCCUUUGUCCCACAACAGUGUUCGUGUUACCUGGAGCGUGGCUCAGCCAAGCUCCUCCUUCAGGCUAAGCUGGCUCCGACUCGGCACUGGAAACGCCAUGGGGUCGAUGACAGAGACGCUCGUCCGAGGUGAUCGUCGAGAGUACCUGCUCACCUCCUUGCAGCCUCGCUCUAGCUACAUCAUCUGCAUGGUGCCCUUGCCCGCGAGCUCAGAAAGCAAAGGUGUGAUUUCUGGAGAUGCUGACUCUGAUGAUGCUCUGGUUUGUGCAAAAGCUGAAACGUCAGAGCUGAGUCCGUUGGAGGAGGAGGAGGAUGAAGACUCGAAGAAGAUGACAACGUUGCCCCUGGCAGGAAUCGUUGGUGGAGCCUCUGCCAUUGUAUCUCUGGCUCUUAUUUUUGGAGUCUUCUGUUGGUAUGGACAUAGGACUGGGCAUUUGUGCUCCCGUGACCACUACACUCGGAGCAACUCAAAAAAAAGGAAAAACUAUGAUGAUUAUAUCGAGUCUGGCACUAAGAAGGACAACACCAUCCUGGAGAUUCGUGGCCCAGGCUUUCAGAUGACACCGAUGGCGGCUUGUCAACCGAUGCAGCCGAAACCCCUUCGAGAGGAUUACAUCAUUCAUACCAUAUUCCCCUCUAAUGGCACUGGCUUGUACAAAGGUGCCAAUCAUGUUUCUAAUGCAGGACAUGGGACUAACCGUGGCUAUCGAGAAGCAGGAAUCCCAGAUAUAGACUACUGUUACACAUGAUGCACUGUACCAGAUCCUGUUCACAGUGUUAUUGGUAAACUGUAUAGAUGCACAAUUUCCCUUCGCAUGGACACUUCUGAAGCACCCCUCUGUGCCUUCUUCUUCUGGUCUCCCAUUCCAAAUGACCUGCUGUUCACUGCACUGAAAGAACUGUAAGUGAUCAACUGAAACUGAACCCGUGUGAAAACAGUUCGCGGCAGGACACAGCAGCCGAUGCCCCAGUUGUAAAUGCACAGCUGAGUGUUUCUUCACCAUCUUAGUAAUGGCCUGUGUAUGUUUCCUUUUCUGCUCUUUCCCUGGGACACGUAAGCAAAGAAUGUAUCCGCUGUGAAAAGGUCAAACUGAGCACAGGUGCAGGUAGAGUUCCUCCUUCAUGAACAGGAGCCGCAGCAGCCAGUUCAAAAUGGAUAAAGUAUGACAAAGAGACAUUUUUUGGUACACACCUCCAGUUCACCGGUCAAACGCAGUAUGUAGUCUUAUCAAGUCAUUGUUCCAAAUGCCUCAACUAUAUUGAUGUGCCCUACCAGCUAUCUGAGGAAAGGGCUUUGUAAAGCUGUGAAUUGUUCUAUUUCAAGCAACCCAAUAACCACGUGUCUUAAAGUAGGCUUGUUAUUACCUUAUUCAGUAGUCGGGGGGGGGGGUGACGAUCUUGACAGGGCUGGUCAGCCUGGCUAAAACCCCCCCGAGAUCAUUCACACAGGAUCAGUAUUGUAGUGUUGCAUCACAUGAAAUGCAGCACAAGCGUGUAGAUAAUUUACUUGGAUACCGACCGGGCUGUGUUUGAAAAUGCUUCGCUAUUUUUAUCAGUGGUUUGUUUAGUAAUGAAAUCCUUGCACAGCUCUCUUUAUUUAUUUAUUUUGUUCUUUAUGUGAUGUUUUGUUGUUUUUUCUUUUUGUCUCUGCUAAAAAAGCUUUUUUUUUUUUUUUUAAUUUCCACCCUCCCGUUUGUCAUUAUUGAUGAAAUGCAGCUCUUGAUUAAGACAGUGGCUUUGUUUUAUCCAAACAAGUGAGGAAAAUGCAGCGAUGGCUGUCUCCAGGUUCAUGUUUUGUUAAAAACAA